AUGGACAAGUUCUCUAAAUGGAGAGACGGGUCGUCCGGCAAGGUCUCAAAGACCGACUCGAAGGCCACUGAUGGCAAAGACCUGAUAGUGGUCUUCGAGUCCAUUCGGGCUCCUUCGAAUGCGGAGCCAAAAAGGAGGGAUCACUCCGAAUUGUUCAAAACAAGAUCGCUUCUCGUUCCUCAAGUUGGUGGGAGCUCUGCUCCACUAAUCAUCACAAAACCGCCGUCCGAUGAGGGAGCUCGGAUGAGGGAGAGAGCAGAGAGAAGAAGGAAAGAUGCAAAUGAGCAAAUGAUGAUGGCAAGGCCACCCCCCUCCUUACCAGAAGAGCCGCCUGUCCAGAUCCCAAUUGAAGCUCCAGUUCCUCCAGUUCGUCCGAAUAUGGUCCCCGAUGGAAGAACGGCGGCAGAUGCCAGUCUCCAUGAGAGAGAAAGAAGAGAACUAGAAAGAAACCAUCGCCCGGAGCCCGAAAUCUUUCGCCGGAACCGACGAAAAACAUUCGACGAAAUGGAGGGAAGAUCUCAUGUUGAUGGGGACUACAGAGGGUCUAAAUCUCGUUCUCCAUCUCGGUCUCCAUCCCUUGAUGCCCCAGAUGGCUCUCCGAGAUGGAGAGAGGAACGUCGCCGCUCUCCUCAAUAUGGGGACGCUGUGCGACGCCAUCCUCAGUUGGAGGAUGAGGAACCCCCCACUCGUCAAUAUGAGAAUGGAGACAGAGGCUCUCCUGAUCCAACUUCUCCUACAUAUUCGGAUCCAAUUGAAGAAGAAGACUCUCCUUCUCCUUCUCCAUAUGACGCUGAUCCAACUUCUCCGACAUAUUCGGAUCCAACUGAUGAAGAAGGCGGAGAGGAGGCUCAAGAAGAAGUUCAACAAGAAGAGGUCCGGGAAGAAGUCAACCAACAUGGUGCCUAUCACUAUGAGGGUCCUCAAUAUCAGAAACCUCGCGCUGAAGAGGAGUAUGACUCAGAAGAUUCCGGAAAAUCUGACACAAGCGACAAAUAUGAUAGAGAGCGGAUUCCCCGACCAGCAGGUGAAUUCCAAGGAAUGCAGGCACGAUUUGUUCGAAGGACAACCGAUGCGCCGAAAAGAAAGGUAGUAUGGCGGGAAUCGAGUUUCAAAAGAGCGAAAAAAUAA